AAGAAGGUAGCUGCCGAGCUCUGUAAGAUGUACGGAGUGCUGAGCGAAGGGGAGGAGGAGGAGAGCCCUGCGCUGGUUUCCGCUGCGUCUCGGGGGCAGGAGGACAUGCUGGAGCUGCUCCUCAUCGCAGGGCAUGACGUUCAUUGCGCGAACAGGGAUGGGAUGACGGCUCUGCAUGCUGCAGCAACGAUGGGCUACGACAAGUGCAUUCAAGUCCUCCUCCUCCAUGGGGCU